GUCCUGCUCGGAUUUGGAAACACUAACCGACAAAGCUCAUGUAUAAAUAGAGAAUUGGCCCCUUCGCAAAUCACAGUAAACACACUCUCUUCCUUUCAUCAUCAUCACUGUGAGAAAAUCAAAACAGUGAUUUUGAAACAAGUUAGGGUUUGAAUAUUGUAGAGAUGGGGGCACGAUUGAUCUUCCGUUCUUCUACGGAGAAGGAAUUGGACUUUCUUCAACUAAGGCAGCAACUCAAACAACGCAUCAGAAACAAUCAUGCCAAGGAGGUGGUGGUGUCUGUUCGUGACUGCUCGAUUCAUGAGAAGAACAAGUUGCCUUGUGACAACUUCGGAUCCUUCUUUGGCCCCUCGCAACAUGCCAUUGCGCAGAGAGUGAUUCAAGAAAGCAAAGCUUUAAUGCCGGAGUUAAAGGUUUUGGCAUCUAGGGUUUUUCGAAAUUCCCAAGACCAGGGUAAAAAGAGCCUCAAGAUUCCUGUCGAUUUGAAACUCAAGUGUAAAAGCAUAAAAGAGUCCCGGGAUUACACCUUUUUGUUCUCAGACGAUGCCGAAAUUCCGGAAUCUUCCAAAGGAGAAUCUGGACUUGGUAAAGAUUCUGCACCAAAGCCAAGUGAAGAAAGAAAUCCAGGUUUCGGCGGGAUAAGAAGAAGUUCUGAGAGAGAUUUGAAGACUGUAAGAAAGCAAAAUCCGGAAGAGAAAGAGAGGCCAAAGAAGCCUUCUUGUGUGAUGAUGGAGAAGGAGAGACAUCGUAAGCGCUUUAGGGUGGAGGAGGAUGAGGAAGAGGAUGAUGAUAGUGCGAUGGUGUCCACCUUUGAUGACAUUCUAAGAGAGGAGAGAAAAAGUGAACAAAUUGGCAGGAAGGAGGAUGAAAAAGAGCGGCUAUUGAUUCAGCAAGAAGAGAAGCAGGCUAGGUUGAGAAAAGCAAAGAAGCUGAGAGCAUCCAAAAACUGAUGUCGCAUGUUUGAUUAGGUAAUUCAGAAUUAAGAUUUUUUGGUGCUUUAAUUGUCAAUGUAAUUAAA